CUUCCUUUCAUCCUCUCCUUCAAUCCAAAGUUGUUUCUUUUUUUUUUUUUUUUAGUUUUUGGUUUUUGGGUUCAAAUGGUUUCAUGCCUUCUCCUGGAAUAGUGGCCUUUUUCCCAGAUAAAUAGAGCUCCCUGGCCGGCGACGUAUCUUCUGCAUGAUUUCUUAAACCGGCCGCCGGCCGGAUCUACAAAUAACAAAAUUGCAAAACCCAUGGAGGAGUCAUCGUCGGUCCAAUACUAUGCUUCCCCCGGCGGCAGACGCGCCGCCGCGUUCGACACCGUCACACCACCUUCCGAAUUCUUCCACGACUCAUCGUCGCCACAUCAUCACUACCACCAGACGUUCAACAACAACAACAUGCCUCCUCCUUCCACUCUCCACAGCUACACGCCUACAUUCGAUUCGACGACACCCACCGCGAAUCUCGCCUCAUCGCCAUCACUACACUACUCCAAGAAUCCAUACUCGUCGUCGUCCGGUCUGAUCAAUGUCGCGGCGGCGGGCUAUCAGGACCUCUCACGUUACGGCAUUCAAGAGAGUUGCGUGAGAGGGCUGCUCGGCGGCGAGAUGAACUACGGUGGCAGUGUUGGUGGUACAAAUACAAUGUACCACCACAACAUGUUUCACGGUGGAUACCAUAAUGUUGCAGGCGCGGUGAGCCAUCACGAGGGUUUGUCUCUGUCUCUGGCGUCGAAUAAUAACGAUGUCAAUGUGGCUGCACAUCAUUUUGGGGACGGGCUCGAGCAUUACUCGAGCUCGUACUUGCAAUCGAAGGGUGGUAACGCGGUUGUGGCUAGCGACGACGAUCAUGGGGUGAAAGUUGCUAGUGGUAGAAGUUGUGACAACAAGUCCAUUGUAGUUGGAGGUGGUGGUGGAGGAGGAGGAGGUUCUGGGGGUGCCUCUUAUGUUGUUAGGACGACGACAGCGAGCACGACCGUAGGGCCUCUAGGCCCUUUCACGGGCUACGCGACGAUCUUGAAGAGCUCGAGGUUCUUGAAGCCGGCUCAGGAACUCUUGGAGGAAUGGUGUGGGGUGGCGAGCUGUAGGAUGGAUGUUGGAGAUGUUGUGAGCAGUUUGGGUUCGGGUGGUUUGUCAUCGUCUUCUACCGCCGCGAUUUGUGGCUCGAACGAUGGUGGAGGAGCUGGCAGUGGAGGUUCUCUGACGUACAGGCCGGAGUUCCACGAGGUGAAAUCCAGGCUGCUGUACUUGCUUGAAGAGGUUUGCAAGCGGUACAAGCAGUACCACCAACAAAUGCAGAUGGUGGUCUCGUCGUUCGAGUCGGUGGCCGGCCUGAGCUCCUCGACGCCGUACGUCUCGCUCGCCAUCAAGACCAUCACCAGGAACUUCAAGAGCAUGAAGCAUGUGAUCUCAGACCAGCUGAAGCAGCAUUCUGCAGCAACGGCAAGAUCUGUGGUGGUAGGAGAAGAAGAGCUGUUCAGCUCCAGCAGUACUAGCAGCACAUCAACCAGGCUGAGGGGUUACAUGGGCCAAAGGCAGAGCUGUGGUGGUGGUGGUGGUGGGCCUAAUUAUCAUCAUGUGGGCUUCCAUGAGCCCCAACAACACGUAUGGAGGACCCAAAGAGGCCUACCUGAGAGAUCGGUGGCCAUCCUUCGUGCUUGGCUCUUUGAACAUUUUCUUCACCCGUACCCUACUGAUGCUGAUAAGCACAUGUUAGCAACCCAGACCGGGCUAACCCGAAAUCAGGUGUCGAAUUGGUUCAUCAACGCCCGGGUUCGUGUCUGGAAGCCCAUGGUGGAGGAGAUCCACAUGCUUGAGAACAAAGGCCAAGCAGGAACCAGCCAAAGCAAGUGCAAUAAUGUCGAUCCUGUGUCGAAUUCUGCAGUGAUGGGACCGACGACAUCGAGUCAAGAACAAGGACAUGGUCACCAUCAGCAGCAGCAGAAGCUUCAUAGGGAGCAAUACUGGAAGCAGGAGAAGAGGUCCAGAGUGGAUUUCCAAGUUCCAGCAGCUGCAGCCAUGAAUGGAAAUGGUUCGCUAAUGAACUUCCUCCCCUUCCAGGGGAGUGAUCAUCAGAUGGGCGGUGGGAAUGGAGCUGUUUCGCUGACUUUGGGGCUGAGGCAUUGUUGACA